AUGAAGAAGCGCUAUGUGGUGGCUGGAGUCCUGAUUGUAGCCCUACUGGGGCUCAUCCUGUUCCUCGGACUCUUCUUUGGGCGGCGUGCUGAGGCAGGGGAGAUGCACACUUACAAGAGGGCAGCAGUGGCUACGGAUGCGGGCCAGUGCUCAAUAAUUGGAAGGGACAUCCUUCAGCAAGGUGGAUCAGCAGUGGAUGCUGCGAUUGCAGCUCUGCUUUGUGUAGGACUCAUGAAUGCUCACAGCAUGGGCAUUGGAGGGGGCCUCUUCUUUACCAUCUACAGCAGCACAGGAAAAGUGGAAAUCAUUAACGCAAGAGAGGUGGCUCCAAAAAGAGCAUCGGAGGACAUGUUUGGGAACAACACACAGCUCUCUCUGAAAGGAGGAUUGUCCAUCGCUGUUCCAGGAGAAAUCCGUGGGUAUGAACUAGCUCACAAGCGUCACGGCAAACUGGCAUGGAAGGACCUGUUUCUGCCCAGCAUCAAGUUGGCAAGGGAAGGAUUCCCUGUUGGGAAAGGCCUUGCAGCAGCCAUCAAAUCAAGAGAGGAGUCAAUUGAAAGCAAUCCCUCACUAUGCGAAGUGUUCUGCAGAGGAGGCAAAAUUCUGCAUGAGGGCGAUAUCAUCAAGAUGCCUAAACUAGCCAACACAUACGAGACUAUAGCCAGUGAAGGAGCAGAUGCCUUUUACACAGGAAGCCUGGCAAAACAGAUCAUCGAUGACAUCCACAGUGUAGGGGGCAUUGUCACAUUGGAUGACCUGCGGGACUACAACGCGACAGUGAUCGAAGACCCCAUACAGGUCACACUUGGGGAUUUUACCCUCUACACACCUAGUGCCCCCCUUAGCGGCCCAGUGCUCGCCCUCAUUUUCAACAUACUGAAAGGAUAUAACUUCUCUGCUGACAGUAUCAAAACCGUGGAGAAGAAAGGUCUGACUUACCACCGCAUUGUGGAGGCCUUUCGCUUUGCCUACGCCAAGAGGACUUUACUGGGAGAUCCCAAAUUUGUCAACAUUACAGAGGCGAUCAGAAACAUGACAUCUGAGUUCUUUGCGGAUAGUCUCCGGAGGAAAAUCACAGACAACACCUCCCAUCCAGUUGACUACUAUGAGCCAGUAUAUUACACUGGAGAUAAUGCCGGUACAUCCCACCUCUCCGUUGUGGCUGAUGAUGGCAGUGCUGUGUCCGCCACCAGCACCAUCAACCAAUACUUUGGCUCUGAUGUACGAUCCAACGUCAGUGGAAUCAUAUUUAAUGACGAGAUGGAUGACUUCAGCUCACCUUACAUAAUCAAUGGAUUUGGGAUCCCUCCUUCCCCAGCAAAUUUCAUAGCACCAGGUAAACAGCCGAUGUCCUCUAUGUGCCCCUCUAUCUUGGUGGAUAAAAUGAAAAAGGUCAAGAUGGUGGUUGGUGCUUCCGGAGGAACGAAAAUAACUACAGCAACAGCACUGACGAUCAUCAAUUCCAUCUGGUUUGGUUAUGAUGUGAAGAAAGCAGUGGAAGAGCCCAGAUUUCAUGAUCAGCUGUUCCCCAAUAUCACGGAGCUUGAGCAGCAAAUAGAGGAGGGCAUAGAAGAACAACUAAAGAAGAGAAAACACGAUACUACGUGGGUGAGCGGUGGUGCGGUUGUGCAGGCCAUUCUCAGAACAGAUGAAGGAUGGGCCGCAGCCUCUGAUUCCCGGAAAGGUGGCUUCCCUGCGGGCUACUGAUGUGACUUGGCUCCUUUUUUCAGUGGUCCAGUGACACUGAGAGCCGGGACAGUUCUCUACAGCCAUGACCGAAGUGCCUCAUGCCACAGCAGUUUGCUAAGACAGGCACGUCUCCCAGGAUGUGCAGUACUUACUUGAAGAGUCUGUUCUGCCUUGAA